AUGUCGUUUCGCGACGAGGGUCCUCGUGACCCAGUAAACGCUCCACAAUCCAGCGCUUCUGGCCUUCCACGUCCACAAGCGGUGGUGGACCCUCACGAUGGUACUGCUGGCGUCCUGGUUGCCCAGGACGAUGUAGAUGCGGCUGUGAACAAGGCUGUUGAUGCCCAGCUGGAGGCUGAAGCUGCCAUUGACCGAGCUGCGCGGGCUGAGAGAACAGCGAACGAGAUUCGACAGUCGAACCGCGAGCUGCUUGAACGGAUGCGGAACCUGGAACACCAGGUUCUUGGGCACGCGCAGACUGGGACGCAGCCGCGUCCGAUGUCGCUGGCGCGUCGAGCAAGGCGAGAGGGAAGGUCGACCUAUGAGCCUUUGACUCCGAGGACGGAGCCAACCCGUGAAGCGUAG